CUUACCCCUCGGAGGAAGAUGAGUAACCCGCAGCCUGGACUGCUAAAUCAUGGCAACAUUUAUGGAGCGAUUAGCCUUCCUUCAGAAGGUCCCGACUCUGAUGAAGGCUACAGCAGAUGAUGAAAACCCCUGUCCUGGAUACCUGUUCCAAGAGAUCGGGAAAAUCUCCCAUGAGUCUUCAGCGAGCGGUCAGUGUUUGUUGGAGUACCUUCUGGAAAGGCUGCAGGUGGAGUCCUGUCACGUCAAACUCAAGGUGCUGAAGAUUUUUGUCCAUCUUUGCGGUCAUGGCUCAAACCUUUUCCUCACAGAGCUCCGAAGGAACUCCACCUUCAUCCAGCAAGCAUCAGUGUACAGUGGCCCUCCUGAUCCUAUCCAUGGCACAGCAUUGUACCAGAAGGUUAGAAAUACAGCACAGGAAGUGGCCAGGUUGCUUUUCACAGAUACACUAAAAAGCAAUGCAUCCCCACUCAGCCUAGCCACCCCGACAAUGGGUAUGGGCUCAGGAACCAACCACAGGUCAGGAAUGCAGGGUUUUGGAUACAGUCCAGGGAAGCAGGGGACAGUAGGCAGUGACUCACUGCUGGAUAAGAUCCAGAAAGCUGCAGAGGUUGUGGCCAGCGCUGUGCUUCCCCCCACAGAACAACAGGGCAUCCGUCUCCAUGACAACCAUUACCGGGCUGUAGUUGCGCCUUCUGCCCCCAUCGAGGUGGCUGUUCCUGCGUGCGCCUACAACCUGCCUGCCAGCAGAUCGAAAGGGUUGACCCAGCGGUGCCCGGGACAGGUGGGAGGUGGCUGGGAGGAGACAGACAGUGGCACCAGCUCCUCUCACAACUCCUCUCAGGACAUGGCAGCAAACAGCAGAGCCUCUGUGGGCAGCAAGUCAGCCGGUACUGGGAGCCAAUCGGGGGCCAGCAGAGAGAGCAGCGGGGACCUAUCAGAACGGGUGGAAGCGCUGCAGUUGGGGGACUGUGGCCAGGAGAUGGCGCUCAUCAACAGACUAACUGAAGGAUCAAGAGUUUUCCUGUCCAGAGAGGAGACCCAGCACUUCAUCAAAGAGUGCUCCAUCCUUAACUGUGAGGUGGUGGUGGAGUUGCUCUCGAGCAAGCUUCAAGAUCCGUCAAACACAGUAAAGAUGCGUGCGAUGUGUGCCAUAUCAUGCCUCAUGACCUCCGACCUCCUCUCUCUGGAGCAAAUGUUUGGAGCAACUCAAAGAAGGCUCUUCCAGCUGAGUGAGGGGGCUCCAGGGCCUGUGGCCAACAAAGCCACCAAGAUCCUGCGCCAGUUUGAGGCUCUCAUGGGUGGAGGUCUACACGCUCCCAGGCAGGAAAACAGCAACCACCGGACAACAACCAAUCAGCUAUCGACAUCUACACACUCGGACCCUUUACUACCAACCCACUCUGCUGACAACCCCAACCUUAUGCAUUGUGUCACCAAACCCCCGAACCAUCCAGCUUCCCCUUCUGGUCUUGCCUUGGACCAGAGAGAGUCCUCGGUGGAAAUGAAUGACUGUGAUCUGGAUUCUGCCGUUCAGAUGGAGUUGGUUCACGACCAGGUGGAGCCGGUCAGGACUGCUGAGGAUGAAUCAGAGCCGGACACAGAGAGGAGCUCUUCCCCUCCAGCUGAGCCUCACAGUGAGACACCCCGUCUGAGCGGACUGUCCCUGUUCAGCGGUAUGGAGCUGGUGACCAAGUUGAGGCCACUGUGCGAAAGGGAAACGUCCCAGACAGAGAGGAACAUCUUCAGGGAGAAUCUGUCUGUGCUUAACGGCAACAGCGAUGAUGCUCCUACAGUUUGUAACUCAUUAGCUGAUAGCAGCCAACCAGUGUCUGCCUUCUCAUUUCUCAACUUUUGACCAACGUUUUACAGCUGGGACUGUAUCAGUUAAUCCAAUGAUGUCAUCAUGUAUAUCCUUUCAGAAAUCUAUUUAUUUUUUAAGCUACGAUUUAGAUCUGUACGGUUUUAACUAUAUAAACGAAGCAAAUAAUGGUUGGGUGUUUAAACCUAUAUGGUGCCUCAUUGGAAGUUGUCUUUAACAUGUAGAGAUCGGGUUGUGAGAUUUGAGAUUAAAGAAUCUAAUAAUUGUAACAUGUCAGAUUAUGGAUGUGUACGAUCCACAGUUGGUACAAGAAAGCCCUGACAUGUAUUUAGACUGUUUGCUGUUUGGCUGAGGUCUGAUUUCCCUAAAGUAUUACCCUGAGAAUGGUUGUUUUUGAAUUACAGGAUAUGAUCGACAGUUGCUUUACCUCAGGAUUCUUUUUAGCCAACUGAAACAACUCGUAGACCUCCGCAGCACGUCCUACACCUCCGAGGGAGAACCCCCCCCUCUAUUUGUGAUUUGCACUACUGUUGCUUUUCUUACAGACUCUACAAGUGAGAGGUGUAUACCCUUGGGUUUUUUUGGUACUAAGCUGUUGUUUUAAUGUGAGUGCUAGUUUACAAAUUAUUUAUUCUGUCUGCCCAUUAUUGUUCAAAGCAUAUCUAUGAGAGUGGUCGAAGAGUGCAUGUCUCUGAUUUAAAGCUGUUUGGAGAACUAAUGGAGGAAUACAAUAUUGAGAUUGUGUGUGCAUAGGCGAUGUGUGAAAUUAUGUGUGUGUGGGGGGGAGACAACAAACAAUCAGCAUAAUGCAAAUAUAUCCGGUUGCUCAUGUAACCAAAUAAAGGCAGAUUAUGUUCACUAUUA